AUGAAGCCCCUUAUUCGGCUCCCAAAUUCCACCUCAAGACUCCGACCCACCUCCACCGCACCGUCCUCUACCUCCACCACCGCUUCUCCACCGCCUCAUCGCCACCGCUUAUCAAAAGACAAUGACGAUAACUUCGUAGCAUUGCUAAACGACAUCGUGCGGAGCAAGCAGAGUUGGAAUUUGGCCCUCAACAACCCCUUUAUAUCCACCAGCCUCAACCCCCGCCAUAUCGAAAGAUUUAUCAUCCAAAAUCAGCAAGAUUCAAGGUUAGCCCUUCGCUUUUUCAAUUUUCUUGGUCUGCAUAGGAACUUCCACCAUUCUACGAUGUCGUUUUGCAUAAUGGUUCACUCCCUUGUCCAGUCCAAUUUUUACUGGCCUGCCUCUUCGCUUUUGCAGACCCUUUUGCAAAGAAAGGAGGAUCCCAGUUCCAUUUUUGAAAGCUUGUUUGACUCUUAUAAAAGAUUCAAUUUUUGUUCGGCUUAUGCGUUUGAUUUGUUGAUUCAAAGCUAUGUUCAGAAUAGAAAAGUGUUGGAUUCUGUGGUGAUUGUGAAAUUAAUGAAAGGGUGUAAUGUGUUCCCAGAGGUGAGGACUUUUAGUGCGGUGUUACAUGGAUUGGUUAAGGUAAGACAAUUCAACAUGGUUAUAAGUCUGUUUGAUGAGCUGUUUUCCGGUUCAGGACUUCAGCCGGAUGUUUAUGUAUACAGUGCUCUGGUUAGGAGUUUGUGUGAAUUGAAGGAAUACGAUAGGGCGAUGGAAGUGAUGAGUUGGGUCGAAAAGAACUGCAAAUUGAAUGUGGUCAUAUAUAAUGUGUUGAUUCAUGGAUUGUGUAAAGGUGGGAGAGUUUUUGAGGCUGUUGAUAUUAAGAAAACACUGGGGUUCAAGGGUUUAGGAGCUGAUGUUGUUACAUAUUGCACGCUGCUUCUUGGACUGUGUAGAGUGGAGGAGUUUGGGAUUGCUCGAGAAUGGGUUGAGGAAAUGCUGGAUUUGGGGCUUGUUCCAAGUGAAGAGGCUAUUUCAAAUGUAGUUGACGGGUUGAGAAGAAAAGGGAAUGCUGGCAGUGCUUAUGUUUUGCUCGAUAAGGUGGGGAGAUUUGGGACAAUGCCUAAUUUAUUUGUUUGUAAUGCCACGAUUCAUUCUUUGUGUAAAGAUGGGAAGCUGGAUGAAGCAAAUUCGUUGUUUGGGAAGAUGAAUGAGAUGGGGUUGCUCGUAAAUGAUAUAACUUACAACAUUAUUAUUGAUUCAUUUUGCAAAAGAGGGAAAAUGGAUGAAGCCUUCAGCGUUUUUGAUAAAAUGCUCAAUGUUGGAAUAAAACCAACUGUUUAUCCCUACAAUAUUUUGAUUAGUGGGCAAUGCAAGUUGGGAAAAUUGAAUGCAGCAGGGUCUCUGUUUGUUAAGAUGAAUGAUAAGGGAUUGACUCCCACUGUGGUAACGUAUACUUCAUUGAUAGAUGGUUACUGUAAGAAAGGAGAAGUGAACAAGGCAUUAAGGCUACAUCAUGAAAUGACAGGAAAGGGGAUUUCACCAAAUGUUCGUACUUUCACGGCGCUUAUAUCUGGUUUUUGUCGUGCAAACAUGAUGGCUGAAGCUAGUCAAUUAUUCAAUGAAAUGGUUGAAAUGAAAAUUAUACCAAAUGAGGUUACCUAUAAUGUUUUGAUUGAAGGGAGCUGUAAUGAAGGCAACGUGGCAAGGGCCUUUCAGUUGCUCGAUGAGAUGGUGAAGAAAGGUCUUGUACCGGAUACCUAUACCUACAGGCCUCUAAUAACUGGGCUUUGUUCUAUGGGUAGAGCAUCUGAAGCUAAAGCAUUUGUCGAUGAUCUUCUAAAAGAGCAUCAUGAGUUAAAUGAGUUGUGCUAUUCUGCACUAUUACAUGGUUAUUGCAAGGAAGGAAGAUUGAAGGAUGCAUUGAGUGCUUGUGGUGAGAUGGUCAAAAGAGGUAUCGCCAUGGAUCUUAUAUGUUAUGCUAUACUUGUUCACGGGAUUCUCAAACAGAACGAUACGAAACUGUUAAUAUCAAUUUUCAAGGAGAUGCUCAGCCAAGGAUUGAAGCCUGAUGGUGUGAUGUAUACUAACAUGAUUGAUAUGUAUGGAAAAGCUGGAAAUCUUGAAAUGGCGAUCAGCCACUGGGAUAUAAUGGUAAGUGAAGGGUGCAUCCCAAGUGUUGUGACUUACACUGCGAUGAUAAAUGGCUUAUGCAAGGCUGGUAUUGUUGAAAAAGCAGAGAUUCUUUGUAAAGAAAUGUUGAUUAGUGGCUUAAUACCUAACGAGAUCACAUAUGGGUGCUUUCUUGAUCAUCUUACUAAAGAAGGGAAUAUGGAGGAAGCCAUGCAGCUACAUCAGGCAAUGCUUAAAGGGUUUCUUGCAAACACCAUCACAUACAAUAUGCUAAUUCGAGGUUUUUGCAAGUUUGGCCAAAUUCAGGAAGCUGCUCGGGUCCUAGUCGAAAUGACCGAUAAUGGUAUCUUUCCAGAUUGUAUAAGCUACUCGACGAUUAUCUAUGAAUGUUGUCGGAGGGGUGACUUUCAAGGAGCCUUCCGACUAUGGGAAUCCAUGCUAACCCAGAAUCUGAAGCCUGAUGCCGUGGCUUAUAAUUUACUAAUAUAUAGAUGUUGUGUUGCCGGAGAACUGAACAAGGCUUUUAAAUUGCACGAGGAUAUGGAUAGACGAGGUCUGAAGCUAACUCGGGCAACCUAUGCUUGCCUUCAUCAGACUUGCUUCACAGGAUCACUCAGUCCUACCAGCAGCUAA